AAUUUAUAUUAUAUAGGUAUGUGGCAUAGCGUGAACAACAUAAUAUACAAUAUACAAUAAAUACAUAAGUAAUAUAUACAAGUAUCACCAGCGAAUAGUGGGUACAGAGAACAAAUACACAUAAUAAGAUCUUAAACUGUCAAAUGACCAUUACCAUUUAACAGCAGCUCCUUUCUGCAAUAAACAUUUAUUAGUGUGUGAAAAUAAUAAUAAUAACAUUUGGAUUAAAAACAAGAGAUACACAAUGGCAGCAGAGAUAAAACCUGCGCCCGGCGUCAGUAAUGACAAAUUUAGUUCAAGUCGAAAACCAAUAUUACUUUCGAAAUUAGAAGGCUGUAAUGAUGAUAUCAAUGUCGCUAUUAUCAUACCCAAAGAAGAAGGUGUUAUUAGUGUUUGCGAUGACAGGACUGUCAGAGUAUGGCUAAAGCGAGACUCAGGACAAUAUUGGCCAAGUGUUUGUCAAUACAUGGCUUCUGGAGCAACUGCUAUGGAUUAUCAUGUUGAAACAAGAAGACUAUUUGUUGGAUUAGAAAAUGGUUCUAUUGACGAAUUUUUAUUGGAGCAGGAUUAUAAUCGUAUGACUGCAAUGAGAGAGUAUGUAGCUCACAGAGCUCGUAUUACAGCCAUUGUUUUUUCAGCAGUGCAUGGAUGGGUAAUGAGUGUCAGUAGAGACAAAACGUUUCAAUUACAUUGCUCUGAAACUGGGAAAAGACUCGGGUCGUAUGGUUACGGCAGUAAGCAAGCUGUUGACAGCAGCAGUUGGUUUACAACUUUACAAUUCGAUGAGCAAUCUAAAUAUGCGUUUGCCGGUAAUUAUGAGGGCUCGGUAACGAUGCUGAAGGUCGACAACACAUUAAUAUCAUUGGUAGCAUUGUUUGCUGCGCAUACUGGAAGUAUCAGGUCACUGGCGUGGGAUCCUGAGAAGCAGUUAUUGUUUUCUGGGAGUUUUGAUCAGACAAUUAGAGUCAUGGAUAUCGGCGGAGGCGAAGGAGUUGGCUAUGAGCUACGUGGGCAUCGCAAUAAAGUUACUGCACUAUGUUAUGCACGUAAUGAGCAAGUAUUGUUUUCUGGCGGCGAAGAUGGUGUUAUUGUUUGUUGGAACAUGGCUGAAUCAAGACGAGAAACGACACCUUGGAAAGAAUCUGACACUUGUGAGUCUUGCGGACGACCUUUUUUUUGGAACAUGAGAGCAAUGAUGGAUCAAAGACAGCUGGGACUGAGACAGCAUCAUUGUAGAAAUUGCGGUAGAGCUCUCUGUGCUUCAUGUUCAGCGCAACGUAUUCCAAUUCCACCAAUGGGUUUUGAAUUCGAAGUACGAGUUUGUGAUCCGUGUCAUACUCAAUUAAAAGCUGCCAAUCAAUCGGCAAUGGCAUCAUUCCACGAUGCAAAACACAGCAUCAUGUCCAUGAAUCUCGAUAUAUCACGGCGUAAAUUAUUAACAGUUGGUCAGGAUCGUAUUAUUAAAAUAUGGGACAUUACUACUCUUCUCCAGUAAAAUUAAAAGUCCUGUGAUCGAUAAAUACGUGACAUAUUCAUGACAUUUUAUUUAACUGUUUAAUGAACAUUGUCGGCUUCUUACAACUAUGCCCACUAAGUGAACUAUUGCUUUUUUCAUAUACAUAAAUUUAAAAAAAAAAAAAAAAAAAAAAAAAUAAAAUAAAAUGCCCUUA